GCGCUGUUGUGUACGCCGAGGACGCACGGGUCAAGGCAGUGCUGUGUGUCUCUGCUCCACCACUACCGCUCAUUGAAAAUUGCUUAGAGACGGACAGAAACAGUUCACAAAUCUCAUCUCGCUGAGGUUUGUUGCACGUAAUUCUGGUCUCGUAGCCCCAGCGUAUUCACCUCACGGGCACGUGUGAAUCAAGAAUGCCGGAAUAAUCGAGGGAAACACUGCAGUACGCGUUGGUUUUUGGCUAACGUUUUUUUUAACUGCGAGUGAAAUCACUGCUACUCGAAGAAAUGUCGGGGAAAAUAGAGAGCAAGCAAGACUCGCAGCGCUCCCACCUCUCCUCCUUCACCAUGAAGCUGAUGGACAAGUUCCACUCGCCCAAGAUCAAGAGGACGCCAUCGAAGAAGGGCAAGCAGCAGCAGGUCGAGCCAGCCAUCAAGAGCCAUGACAAACCAGUCAACAAGAAGGUGAAUCGGUUGGAGGAACAGGAGAAGGAAGUGGUCAGCGCGCUGCGCUACUUCAAGACCAUCGUGGACAAGAUGGUGGUGGAGAAGAAGGUGCUGGAGAUGCUCCCCGGCUCGGCCAGCAAGGUUCUGGAGGCCAUCCUUCCCCUGGUGCAGGUGGAGGCCCGGGUAACACACAGUUCGGCGCUAUCGUCGUGUCACAACCGCGUCUACCAGAGCCUGGCCAACCUGAUUCGCUGGUCCGACCAGAUCAUGCUGGACAGCGUCGACCUCGCCGACAAGGAGAACGCGGUUGCGGUCACCUCUGUCAUCAAGGCGGUUCUAGAUGGAGUCAAGGAGCUGGUGAAACUCACCAUCGAGAAGCAGGAGCAGCCCUCACCCACCAGCCCCAACAAACCACCACCACCUGUGGUCACGCUGGAGAGCACGUCAGAGCUGCCGCUGACAGAGCGGGAGAGGGAGAUCUUGAGUAAGACCUCGCCUACCGUCCCGCCCACAGAGGCUAUGAAAGAGACAUCAGAGAAAGACAAAGCCCCUCCCAAACCCCCUCUACCUGGCCCAAAGAUAGAUGCACUCAGAGCAUAUUUGGCUACUGACCACUCUGUCGCUGGCCAAAGGGGAUCCACAAAGACUGACACUCCUCCCCCGGCCCUGCCCCCCAAAAAGCGCCAGUCUGCUACGUCCCCCACCCGGGUGGCGGUGGUGUCCCCAGUGAGCCGGGGCUCCAGCCUGCCCUGCAGAGCCCACAGACGGCAGCAGGAAUAUGAGCAGGAGUAUCUUCAGAGGCGUUUCUCAGGGAGCAGUCAGUCGUAUGGGGGCGACUCCCCUCGCAUCUCACCCUGCAGCAGCCUGGGGAAGCUCAGCAGGUCUGAGGAGCAUCUCUGCUCCAUGGAACAGGACAGUGGACAGUGCUCCAGAAAUACUAGCUGUGAAACGCUAGACAACACAGAGACUUAUGACCCGGACUAUGACUUCCUCCACCAAGACCUAUCUGCCUCCACUGGGGACCCCCAGACGGUCCCUGCAGGAGUCACCUCCCUAUCCCCGCUCCCUGAGAACACCAGUGAGUACUGCACCCCCCAGCCUGGGUCCAAUGUCAGCCCCCUGCACCCGUCCCGUAUCAGUGCCCCUCCCGCAUUGCCCCAGAAGAAGCGGCGCAGCUCCCAGGUGUCGCCCAACAUGGACGUGUGUGUGGGCGGUUCGUCGCGGGGGACCCUCUACGAGAGGUUCCCCUCCCAAUACGAAAACCUCUCGGAGGAGGAGCUCCUGCACGCCACACCCCCUUUCCCUGUCUUCACGCCUAUCUCACCCAAGGGCCAGAGCAACGGGGAGGUGUUUGUAACUCAGUACACGGUGAACGAGAACGACGAAGUGCCCUCAAGUCCUCCGCCACUACCUGAGAAGAGGAACAAGACCGUCCUGGCGUAUAUGCGGUAUGUGGAGGACUACUCCGAGCCCCAGCCGUCUGUGUUCUACCAGACACCGCAGAGCGAGAGCAUCUACGAACAGAGGAACAAGCGCUUCCAGGACGUCUACGGCCUCGACGACUCGUUCAGCAGCACUGAUUCGGUCCAUGAGUCUCUGCUCGCCAUCCCUCCCCCGGCCCUGCCCCCAAAACAGAGACAACUGGCUUCACACUCUUCCUCCCCCUCUUCUUCUUCGUCUUCCUCUCUGUCGUGCCACCUCCAGCCAUCAUUGUUGGUGGCGGCAGAGGAGGCAGGCUCUGGCCUGUGCCUCAGCCUAUCAGUUUCUAGCUCCUCUUACCUGAGUGGACAUGCCUCGCUGACCACACCCAUGUCGCAGAGCUCGGACCAGGUUGCCAUGACCAAUGCCACCCUGCUGGAUGGCAGCGGGGGCGGGCCUGAUGGUUCUGUGGUUGACUCAUUGGGCUCUGUGGCUGUCUGUCUUCCUUCUUCUGAGACCACUUCUCUUCUCACUGAUUCACUUCUCCACACCUCAGCAGCGAGCGUGGACGAAGGUGGCGAGGGGGAAUAUGUCAACCUGUACUCAUCCACCCAGGCCAACGGGGAGUUGGAGCUGCCGCCCUGCCUCAUAGAACCAAUCGCUGCUAAUGAUGUAAUUCAAGACCCGCCCCCUCAGAAGCCGUCCUCCAAUAGCAAGGAGGCUCUGGAUAAGGACAGGAGGCAGAAGUCAACCGACACUGCACCAAACGAUGAGGAGGAAGUAGAUGAACUCUCGCUCAUUGACCACAAAGAGAUCCUGUCCCGGAUAACCCUUAAACUAGAGAAUGACGAUGGUCCGGAUGUGCGCGCCGGUUCUGGGGAUAUUCUGUUAGUCCACGCCACACAGACGGACCGCAAAGACCUGGUGUUGUAUUGUGAGGCCUUCCUGACCACGUACAGGACCUUCAUCAGCCCAGAAGACCUCAUCAAGAAGCUGCAUUACCGAUACACCAGGUUCUGCCACAGCCCGGACACGUUUAAGAAGCGGGUCAGCAAGAACACCUUCUUUGUGCUGGUUCGUGUGGUGGAUGAGCUGUGUCUGGUGGAGUUGACUGAGGACAUCCUGAAGCAGCUGAUGGACCUGGUGUUCAGGCUGGUGUGUAACGGCGAGCUCAGCCUGGCCCGUGUGCUCCGCAAGAACAUUCUGGACAAGGUGGAGCAAAAGAAGCUGCUGCGCUGCACCAACUCUCUGAAGCCACUGGCUGCCCGGGGCGUGUCUGCUAGGCCCGGAACUCUGCAUGACUUCCGCAGCCAUGAGAUUGCCGAUCAACUCACACUAUUGGAUGCAGAACUCUUCUACAAGAUUGAGAUUCCCGAGGUGUUACUUUGGGCCAAGGAGCAAAAUGAGGAGAAGAGUCCCAAUCUCACUCAGUUUACAGAGCACUUUAACAACAUGAGCUACUGGGUGCGCUCUCUGAUCAUUCAGCAGGAGAAAGCCCAGGACCGGGAGAAGCUGCUCCUCAAGUUCAUCAAGAUCAUGAAGCACUUAAGAAAGUUGAACAAUUUCAACUCCUACUUGGCCAUACUGUCAGCCCUGGACUCUGCCCCCAUCCGCAGACUGGAGUGGCAGAAACAGACCUCCGAGGGAUUGGAGGAAUACUGCACGUUGAUUGACAGCUCGUCAUCUUUCAGAGCGUACCGGGCAGCACUGGCUGAUGUGGAGCCUCCAUGCAUCCCGUACCUUGGUCUGAUCUUGCAGGACCUCACCUUUGUCCACCUGGGGAACCCUGACCUCAUUGAAGGGAAGGUCAACUUUUCUAAGCGCUGGCAACAGUUCAACAUCCUGGACAGCAUGAGACGCUUCCAGCAAGUGCACUACGAGCUUAAGCGCAACGAUGACAUUGUCUGCUUCUUCAAUGACUUCAGCGACCACCUGGCUGAGGAGGCGCUGUGGGAGCUCUCGCUGAAGAUCAAGCCUCGCAAUAUCACCCGGCGGCGAACGGAGCGUGAGGAGAAGACUUAGCGGGGGAGGGGGGCAUUAGGACAGGUCUUUCCGCUACGCUGCAGACACCAACUCCACUUUACUACAGACAGACGGACGGACGGACGGAGUAGUUGGGAAUAUUUAUGGACACCGUUUGUUUGAACUAACAGUGGAAUAGCGGGAGAGGACCAGACCCGAGGACAUAUUACAGUGGCCGUGGUUUACGGCGAGUGACUGUGCUGCUCUGCUACACUGGGAGAAUACAGGGGGUUUGAGAUUGGGAUACAUUGGGGGUAUCAUCCCCUGACCAAUGGGAGGAGCUAGACUGAUACCAAGGAGAGGUGACUUGUAAAGGACUUUAUAAGGAGAGGAUGUCGAAGAACUGGAGACCACUCCCUGUCCUCUCCCGUGUGUGUGUGUGCGCGUGCGUGUGAGGUUAAAACUCCUCUAUGCCCAGCCCUUAUCUUCCCUUCAUGGUGUGUCCUCCUGGAUUCAGCCCCUUCUUCUCUGACUUGACUUCCCUCAAACUCUUCCGUGUACCCAUGGAAUCUCCCUCAUUGAUACGGAACACAGUCUGUUAUGAACUUUGAUGUGACAGUGCAGACUUGGCCGGAAUGUGGUUUUGGACUGAGAACUAUGGGAAUCCAAGAGGUCAGCAUUGGUGGAUCACCACAAAGGACUGGACUUGCACCAACAGUGUAUUUGUGUUGUUUUAAUUCUGAAUCAUGUAUGGUUAUGAUGUAUGAUACAGUGCUCCUUUUGUUCUUUAAAAGGACUGUUUAUUAUGCUAUUAAGAGAGACGCUCGGCUUCUCCAUAAGUGCCAUACAAAUGUGCACUCAAAAAAGCAACGCAAAAAAGAAAACCCACAAAGAGAAUUACUGAAGAUGCUGUGAUCUAUGUACAUCAUAUUCAAUCGUGUGCCAUGUUUGAGUAAGGUGAUCAGAUGGGUGUCCCUGUAGUGAUGAACGUGUGUGUGUGUGUGUGUGUGUGUGUGUGUGUGUGUGUGUGUGUGUGUGUGUGUGUGUGUGUGUGUGUGAGCGAGCGCGUGUGAUAAGAGUGUGCUUGUGUGAGUGAACCCAGGGUCAGGUGUGUGCGUUUGUCAAUCCAUUGUAUGUAGUUCUUCAAUAUGAUUCCUUUGGAAUAAUCGUGUCAUCCAAUUCACCACACUGUGCUCUCCAGCUCUAAUAAACCGGCUCCCUUUCUACACA